AACAAACCUGAACAAAGAAACAAACAAACCACAGAAGCGAGUUUCUCUGUCCAGGAAAAGCAAAGAUGGGAGGAGCAGAAAGAGAGAGGAUCGGUGAUAUCAGUCUGUCCUGAUAAAAGAAGAAACACAAACACACCUGAAGCACAACAUCUACAGAAAUGGAGAGAAUCACAUUGAUGUCUGUUCUGCUCACAGCCGUGGUCAGUUCGUCUCUGCGUCAGUAUCACUUUGUGAAUCAGAACAUGAGCUGGACUGAAGCUCAGAGAUACUGCAGAGAGAAACACACAGAUCUGGUCACUAUCAAUGCCAUAAAUGAACAGAAUGACAUAAAACAGCUCAUACAGAGAGAGAACAGCAGUGCUGACCGUGUCUGGAUUGGGCUGAAAGACACAUGGAUUUGGUCUCUGAGUGACUCUGACUUCUACAGAGAAAAUGAGUCUCAGUAUAGGAACUGGAAACCAACACAACCAAAUGGAGAUGGAGACUGUGUUUAUAUGGAUAAUGAUGGAAAAUGGCAUGAUGUCAAAUGUAGUACAACAAGACAUUUCAUCUGCUAUAAUGGCAGCAGUAAAGGAUUCGUCCCUGUAAAGGAAGAAAAGGACUGGACUGAAGCUCAGAAACACUGCAGAGAGAAACACACAGAUCUGGCCAGUGUGAGGAAUGAGAGUGAGAAUCGUCAGAUUAAGAACAUCAUAACUUCAGAUAAACAAGCCUGGAUCGGUCUGUACAGAUCCUGGGUUUGGUCAGAUAACAGCAACUUCACAUUCAAACACUGGGAAAAACAUGAACCCAAUAUCGGAGCUGAAAAGGACAGCAUCUGUGCAUCAACUGGUAUCAGUGAUGAAGGACGAUGGACAGACGAGCUCUGUAGAGAACUGCAUCACUUUGUGUGUUAUGAUGAUGAACUGGUUCUGAUCCGAGAGAGUAAGACGUGGACUGAAGCUCUGAGAUACUGCAGAGAUUGGGACAUGGACCUGGUGUCGGUGGAUUCGGAGCAGAUGCAGCGGCGGGUGAUGAAUGUGACCUCGAGCGCCUCCUCCGAUCACGUGUGGCUGGGUCUGCGUCACUCCCGUAUACUGGGACUCUGGUUCUGGGUCAACGGUCACACCAUGUGCUACAAUCAGUGGGCUUCUGAUUACAACACCGGACUGGACAAGUGCAAUGAGACGGUCAGAUCCGGAGCCAUUCGGACCAACGAUAAUCGCUGGAUCAGCCGCCCUGAAACUGAUAGAAACAACUUCAUCUGCAACAAGUGAGCGCUGGAGAGUAACUGAUUACAUGUAAUCCACAUUACAAAUAUUCUGUACUUGUAAUUA